UUUUUGUAUUCUGUACAGGCGCGAAUCUGUCAGAUAUGGAGCGGGGACGGUGGAGGCAUGAUAAUGCUCAGAGAGAGACCUGCACCUUGGAGGACCAGAGAGAACGUUGGGAUCGUAAGAGAGCACGAACAGCAAAAGAGCUACUAGAGACAGAGCGAAGAUAUGUUGAGGAAUUGGAGCUCAUUACAAAAUUCUACGAUGAAGUUUUUCGGGCUCGCUGCAGUCAUUUGAAAAUUGCUCGAAUUGGAAUUUGUGGAACAAUACCUGAAAUUCUGAUAUCAAAUAGGACUCUGCUUACCUCUUUGGAAACUGGUUGUUUUGGUACUGGCUUUGAGAUGUUUUCCGAUUCUCUUGAGCUCUAUAAGAAACAUGCUGUUUGCUUGGAUGCAACACUGCAGUCCAUAAAGGCGAUCUUUCUGGAUACCUCAUUGGGAGAUCAGAGGUACGGACGCCGGGGUCAUUCGGCUUUUCCAACAUGGCGGCGCCCAGUUAAAGUGGACAGUGAGCUGCGAGGAAUUCGCGGAGUUACUAGUUUCAGAUAUAAACAUUAUGUUCAAGAUCUGGCAGAGAACAGUCUUCCUGGGAGCAGUGACACCCCAGGAUUGUCACGUGCUUUGGAUUCACUGCGCCAGGUGUGUCAGUAUAUACGUGGGCUAUCUAAAUGUCAGGAGAAUGAUCGCCAACUAAAGAGAGUACAGAAGAUGCUAAAGGGUCGACAGCUUCAAAUUGUAAACCCAGGAAGACGUUUUAUCAGAGAGGGGUGGCUGUUUCUUGUUCCUCCCAGUGGCGAGGAUGUCAAGCAUCGUAUGAUGUUUCUUUUCUCUGAUCUUCUCUUGGUCACCUCACCUUGUCAUCCUUUACAUCCACUUAAUGCUCGGAAGUUUUCAUGUCGUGCACUUUACCCUCUAAGAGAAUGUCGUGUUGAGCGAGUACUGGGACAUACACAAAGCCAAGGAGGGCUUGUCAGUCUCAUGUUUGAGAAAGAAAAGCUGCUCCUGAUGUCCACAGAUCAGCAAGACAUCAAUGAGUGGUAUACAUGCCUGGACACUGCAGUAAGACUGCUUCGUUCUGGUUGCAAAAUAAGCACACAGUCUGAAACCCCACAUCGAGAACCAGAGAUUGUGGAAGAAACUCCUUGCAUCUAUACUCAGUCAAGAAAAAGACAUUUGGUUGACAAAGUAACUAAUAUUGAACCACCAGAAAGUUCUAUUGAAGGCAAUGAACCAAUUGCUCCCAAGAAAGUCAAAAUGAUGGAUACAAGGCCUGUUGUUGGUCCAAAAACACCAGUUCAUGACCAGAAGACAGAAUGGCGGUGCAUUAUACUGUAAUCUCCUAAAUGUGAGCCAGGCACCAUCACAAGGCCAAGAGUGCAGGAUUUAGAUUGACAAUGGAAGAUUUAUGUGUUCAGUUUAUCAAGCAGUAUCUAAUUUCAAUUACUGGAGGAUUGUAGGUAUUAUGCCAUGUAAUGUAAAGAUAAUGAUUUUCCAUGAGGAUUCAUCAGGGAAGUAAGCACAUUUUUUACUGACUGUCCAAAACACGAAAAAGAGAAGCACAAUACUUUAUCUUACAAUUAACCUGGUCACUGUACCUCUGAUAAGUCUUUGUGUUCAUGUCUGAAAUAAAAACUUUUAUUAAAAUAAA